AUGGCGUCGCUAAUACGGAUCUUGAACUCCUCGCCGACGGAACAAGCACAUCAGAGCGAGGCAGCGUCGCCGAACAAUCCAGAACAGCCCGAGGAACCAGCGAGACCAAAUGGAGGGGCACCGCUGACUGCACCAAUGUCACCAGGCGGACCAACGUUGAUGGGCAACUCCAACUCUCUUCCUGAUCGAAGUGGACAUGGAGUGUCAACAAGUGAACCUCAAUCAAACACAACCGAUGCGAAACAACUGGUUCAUUACAACGGUCAAAAUUGGGAGUACGAAAGUUUCGAGUGGCUUCAGCCAGGCAUUCUGUCAUUGAAUCUCAAGCCUGUCGGAUCAAACGGCGCAAAUGAGCUUGUCCGCGAGGCCUACAUACAAUCCGACAAUCCUGACCAACUUCUAAGGCUUUGGAACGCCAUCCCCCGACCUGUCUAUACGCCCGACCCUACACUUUACGAGAUCUUUGCGGUUCUCCGGCAUAAGGAGUUCAAGAAUGAUGAAGGUGAGAAAGCCAUCUUGCUACAGGUACAAUGGACGGGUUUCAGCAAAAAGGACACGAGUUGGGAGGCAGAAGCAUAUGUCAAGCGAGUCGCCUCGGAUGUGUUGAAUGAGUACUGGUCCAAGCGUGCAAAAGGCUCAGCUAAGAUAACCAAGCGCGCAAAAGGCUCAGCCAAGAUAUCCAAGUGGGCUCGUCUACAGCGUCAAGCGACGCAGCAGCGGUAG